AUGGAAGAGUUAUCAAAGCCAGAAAAUCAGAAGAAAAUUCGUGGCAAAAUGUAUUGCAAUGAACAUUCGGGGAAGACAUUAAAGGUUUACUGCGAGACGUGCGACAAGCUGAUUUGUAAGGAUUGUAUGGAUUUUAUACACACCAAACCAAAUCAUUCCUGUUUUCUUGUCAAGGAUGUAGCAAGCAACUAUAAGAAGAAACUUGCUUCGAAAAACAAGGCAAUGGAUUCUGCUUUAAACGAAGGCAAUGCUCAUCUUAGAAAAUUAUCCACGGCGACCACACAACUCGAUCGCGAUGCUGAAAAUGCCAAAAGUAAAAUUGUUCAGCGUCAAGAUGCCGUGAUGAAAAAGGUCACUGCAAUGGUGAAACGAAAAGCGCCAAUGCUUUUAAACGAAGUAGAUUUAAUCCACGCUGGCAAACGGGCAAAGCUAGAUGGACAGACGGAACAAACGAAGGUAUACGCUGAACAGAUAUAUCGCUCUGUUCAACUUUCCAGAAAAUUGCUUCACAGCGGCACGGAAAAAGAGAUCUUAUCCUCGCAGAAAAUGAUGUUGGAUAACGCCAAUAAUCUCCUAACGAAACGUCCAGCAUAUCUUAAAGCACCGGUAGGGGUUGCAAAGUUCAGCUACACUUCUUGCACUCACAAGGAACCAUUGAAUGAAGAGAUUGCUACGUUCUUGGCCAACUGUAUGGGAGAAGUUGAUACAGAAAAUAAAGAUACUGGUAAGAUCAAUUUUUCUGCCUAAAUUAUUUUUAAAACGUUCCUGGUAGCAUUGUAGUAAGGUCAUUCCUAUAAUUGUCCCAGUGUUUCUACAGGUGCAAACCUAAACUGAACUGACUGUUGAUUUUUUAUUCUGAAUAACUCUAUCAGUUCUGAGCAGUUCUUUCUAGAAGUCCAGUGUUGCUGCAUAGGCAAUAAGCUAAACUAAACUAACUUUAUCAGUUACACAAGAUAUAGCUUUAUCGAUCACUGAAUUCUGAGAAGAAUUCCAUCAGGAUAAUAUUAGUCUAUUAUUACUACAGGAGUGGGUGUUUCGUCGCUUUUGUGGAAUCUUACUAAUAAAAACUCUUUUUAGAUUAGACUAGCUGACCUUUAGACUUUACUAUACAUAAAUCUAGAAUCCCAAAGUACUCACGAAAUAUGCACUAAACUGUAUACUGAAUGUCAACAUUAAGAUCUAUUUUUUUAUAGAAAAGAAUGAAUUGUAAGCAAUAAGAUUUAACGGAAAAUCUUAUUCUAAAUAUAUACUAUAGUAUUUUAAUUUCAAUUAAGUAGUCCAGUGCGCUGCAUUACUGACGCAUAUUUUCGGACGCAUAUAUUCUAUGUAGGUUCAAAAGUCUGAAGCUGUAACCAAUAUUAAACUGUCGAAAGACGAGAAAUGUUGCAUUUGUUUAUGUCCAUUUACCAACAAGAAAACCUUGGGAAAGUGUGGUCAUUCGUUUUGCACAGACUGCAUUGACAAAGCUUUUAAAGUGAAGAAGCAAUGCCCAAUUUGUUACCAGACCUAUGGUCCUCUCACUGGCGAUCAACCAGAAGGGAAGAUGAUUGAAAAACAACCGGUAAAGUUAACUUUUGACAAUGAACUGCACACUGGUAUUAAAAUACGUUACGAGUUUCCAGAUAGGAUCCAAGGAUCAGAUCAUCCGAAUCCUGGCAAGCCGUAUAAGGGGACAAGUGAAACGGCUUAUCUUCUAUACAGCAAUGAAGGGAAUAAAGUUCUUAGACUUUUGAGGAGAGCAUUUGAUCAAAAAUUGACGUUUACCAUUGGACAAUCACCAACGGCGAUAGAAGAUGUUGUUAUGGUCACGGAUAUUCCUCAUAUAACCUCACGGUAA